CCAGCUCUCGCGAGAAGAGGCAGAAGAGGAGGAAGGAGGAGAAGGGCGGGCGGAGGCGGCGAGGGUUGAGGCGAAACCGGAGGCGGAGGGAGAAAAGGGAAGGGAGGAAGGCGGCGGAAGGGAAGAAGGGCCUUUCCCUCCUCCUCGGAGACGGGCCUGAGCGGGAAUCGCCUCCAAGGCGACAUCGGAGGGGGAAGAGGCCUGCAGGGAGGCCUGAAGCCUGAGGUGAUCCAUGCUGACGAAGCGCCAUUCGUGCAGAUGAGCCCGGGGCCCCGGCGGCGGCAGUGGCACUCCAAACCCAGAUAGUUGGUCUUGAGACCCGUCAGGAUGCCAUCCACCAACCGAGCGGGCAGCCUGAAGGACCCGGAGGUCGCGGAGCUCUUCUUCAAGGAGGACCCGGAGAAGCUCUUCUCGGACCUCCGAGAGAUCGGCCAUGGCAGCUUCGGUGCCGUUUAUUUUGCACGCGAUGUCCGAACCAACGAAGUGGUGGCCAUCAAGAAGAUGUCUUAUAGUGGGAAACAGUCCAACGAGAAAUGGCAGGAUAUCGUGAAAGAGGUGAAGUUCCUCCAGAGGAUCCAGCAUCCAAACAGCAUUGAAUACAAGGGCUGCUACCUGCGGGAGCACACGGCAUGGCUUGUUAUGGAAUACUGUUUAGGGUCAGCAUCAGAUCUAUUAGAAGUCCAUAAAAAGCCAUUGCAAGAGGUGGAAAUUGCCGCCAUCACCCACGGCGCGCUCCAGGGCCUGGCGUACUUGCAUUCUCACAACAUGAUCCAUAGAGAUAUCAAGGCGGGGAAUAUCCUGUUGACGGAACCAGGCCAGGUGAAGCUGGCCGACUUCGGGUCCGCCUCCAUCGCCUCUCCAGCCAACUCCUUUGUGGGGACGCCAUAUUGGAUGGCCCCGGAAGUCAUUCUAGCCAUGGACGAAGGGCAGUACGACGGGAAAGUGGACGUCUGGUCUCUUGGGAUCACGUGUAUCGAAUUAGCCGAAAGGAAGCCGCCUCUGUUCAACAUGAACGCAAUGAGUGCCUUAUACCACAUAGCGCAGAAUGAGUCCCCAACACUCCAGUCCAACGAAUGGUCUGAUUAUUUCCGAAACUUUGUAGAUUCUUGCCUCCAGAAAAUCCCCCAAGACAGGCCGACGUCGGAGGAACUCUUGAAGCACGUGUUUGUCCAGCGGGAGCGCCCCGAAACGGUGUUGAUAGAGCUGAUCCAGAGGACCAAGGAUGCCGUCAGAGAGCUGGACAACCUUCAGUACCGCAAGAUGAAGAAGCUGCUGUUCCAGGAGGCACACAACGGACCGGCGGUGGAAGCCCAAGAAGAAGAGGAGGAGCAGGAGCAUGGUGUGGGCCGGACGGGGACGGUGAACAGUGUGGGCAGCAACCAGUCCAUCCCCAGCAUGUCCAUCAGCGCCAGCAGCCAAAGCAGCAGCGUCAACAGCCUCCCGGAUGCCUCCGACGACAAGAGUGAGCUAGACAUGAUGGAGGGCGACCACACCGUGAUGUCCAACAGCUCCGUCAUCCAUCUGAAACCGGAGGAAGAAAGCUACAGGGAGGAUUCAGAGUCGAGGGCGAGAGGCUCGGAGCCCCAGUCCCCGCCACAGGCCUCCCGGCACCGGUCCCACUACCGCAACCGCGAGCACUUUGCCACCAUACGCACAGCAUCCCUGGUGACGCGGCAGAUGCAGGAGCACGAGCAGGACUCGGAGCUGCGGGAGCAGAUGUCCGGCUACAAGCGCAUGCGGCGGCAGCACCAGAAGCAGCUCAUGGCCCUGGAGAACAAGCUCAAGACUGAGAUGGACGAGCACCGCCUCCGCCUGGACAAGGACCUCGAGACCCAGCGCAACAACUUCGCUGCGGAGAUGGAGAAGCUCCUCAAGAAGCAUCAGGCCGCCAUGGAGAAGGAGGCCAAAGUCAUGGCCAACGAGGAGAAGAAGUUCCAGCAGCACAUCCAAGGCCAGCAGAAGAAGGAGCUCAACAGCUUCCUAGAGUCACAGAAAAGAGAGUAUAAGCUUCGCAAAGAGCAACUCAAAGAGGAGCUGAGCGAGAACCAGAGCACGCCCAAGAAGGAGAAGCAGGAGUGGCUCUCCAAGCAGAAGGAGAACAUCCAGCACUUCCAGGCCGAGGAGGAGGCCAACCUCUUGCGGCGCCAGAGGCAGUACCUGGAGCUGGAGUGCCGCCGCUUCAAGAGGAGGAUGCUCCUGGCCCGGCACAACCUGGAGCAGGACCUCGUCCGGGAGGAGCUGAACAAGCGCCAGACGCAGAAGGACCUGGAGCAUGCCAUGCUGCUGCGGCAGCACGAGUCCAUGCAGGAGCUGGAGUUCCGGCACCUGGGCACCAUCCAGAAGAUGCGCUGCGAGCUCAUCCGCCUCCAGCACCAGACGGAGCUCACCAACCAACUGGAGUACAACAAGCGGCGGGAGCGGGAGCUGCGGCGCAAGCACGUCAUGGAGGUCCGGCAGCAGCCCAAGAGCCUCAAGUCGAAGGAGCUCCAGAUCAAGAAGCAGUUCCAGGACACUUGCAAGAUCCAGACGCGGCAGUACAAGGCCCUGCGCAACCACCUGCUGGAGACCACCCCCAAGAGCGAGCACAAGGCCGUCCUGAAGCGGCUCAAGGAGGAGCAGACCCGCAAGUUGGCCAUCCUGGCGGAGCAGUACGACCACAGCAUCAACGAAAUGCUCUCCACGCAGGCCCUCCGGCUGGACGAGGCGCAGGAGGCGGAGUGCCAGGUCUUGAAGAUGCAGCUGCAGCAGGAACUGGAGCUGCUGAACGCCUACCAGAGCAAGAUCAAGAUGCAGGCCGAGGCCCAGCACGACCGGGAGUUGCGGGAGCUGGAGCAGCGGGUCUCCCUGCGCAGGGCCCUCCUGGAGCAGAAGAUCGAGGAGGAGAUGCUGGCCCUGCAAAAUGAGCGCACGGAGCGGAUCCGGAGCCUGCUGGAGCGCCAGGCGCGAGAGAUCGAGGCCUUCGACUCGGAGAGCAUGCGCCUGGGCUUCAGCAACAUGGUCCUGUCCAACCUCUCCCCGGAGGCCUUCAGCCACAGCUACCCAGGGGCCUCCGGCUGGUCCCACCACCCUUCGGCGCCGCCGCACCCGGGACCGCACUGGGGACACCCUGUGAUGGCGCAGGGUGUGCCGCCCCAAGCCUGGGGCCACCCGAUGAUGCAAGGCGGCGGAGGCGGCGGCGUUCCCCAGCCGUGGGGCCACCCUUCGGGCGCCAUGGCGGGAGUGCCGCGGGGGAGCUCCCUGGGGGUGCGCAACAGCCCCCAGGCCCUGCGGCGGACGGCCUCGGGGGGCCGGACGGAGCCGGGCAUGAGCCGCAGCGCCAGCGUCACCUCGCAGAUCUCCAACGGGUCGCACAUGUCUUACACAUAAUGACAACACGGAGCCGGAUAUGGCAACUGCGCGCCAAUGUUUGGGGGGUUUUACUAAUUGGGAUGUCAUAGUGUUUGGCCUCAGAGUUGUGUCCUCUCUCUAUCUCUCUCUCUCUCUGUCUCUGGAUGGCGGGUGUCCCCUUCUCUCCCAAUCAGGGAUUAGCCAAAACGGGGGGUCGCCCUGUACCUCUGAUGUCUCUUCUGACCCCUCCUCUCUCUUCUGGCUCCGUCGUCCAAAGCGGGAGAGUAGGGAAAGAGUGUCGGCCGCGGGGAGCAAAACCAGGGGUCAGGAGAGGAGAAGCGCAGAUGCUGUGGCCCCCGAUUGCACUAAGAGAGCUCAGUGGCGGCACUGCACUAGUCAAACGCACCUGCCUGCAGUUGCGCAUGUGUAUGUGUGUGUGAGUGUGUGUAAGUAAGUACAGAAGUGGUUUUGGGGAAGGGGGAUCGGCGUGUAAUAUUGUGACAUCUCCUUCUAGUUCUUCUGCCUCAAGACAACCGCUCCCUGUGCCGCGUCUCCUCUUUCCGAACCCUUCCCAGAGGUAUUUGUAACAGAUGCCAUAGAAGAAAACAAAGAUACAAACAUGCCAUCGGUAGGCGAGGAGCUGCUCCUUUCUCUGACACUACAUUUUUGCCACAAGGUCGGGAUUUUUGUUGUUAUUGUUUCAAAGCCCCCUUCUUGGGCUUGCCAACAUUUUGGGCGGAAACGUCAAACCCGCGUUUUGCACAUGAUUGCGAAGGGGAGAACCUCUUCCCGCUAUUUAAUCGGCGCCUUAGCUUCUAAGGGCAACGAUAGGGAUCCCAGAGGGCACUAGGAUUUUUUCCAACCUCAGCGCAAGAGAAGCCAUGGGUUGCAUUAGGAAAUACGUUCGUGGAAACUUGUUCCUUUCACUACAGGCGUUUGAACGGAAAGCGAAACACUAGCGCCUCUAUAGCCUUUUUUGCCUUCUAACAUAUCUCUAGGGCUUUUCUUCUCCGUUUUCCCCCUUGCGACGGGGUUAUGUGCGCAAAACGCUCUCGAGGCGGGUCACGUUGCUGCUUGUUUUGUGUGGCCUUCUGCUUUUCAAAUCAGAUCGGGGGGGAAAAACACGCCAGGUCCUUAGCCCCUUCUUUGUAUUGAUCUGUGUCCAUAUUGUGCUGAAAUUUUCAACAUAUUAUGAAUUUCCUUUCUAGCCAUCACGAAGACACUUUCCAUCCUUGAAGUCAGAUGAUGUCUCUCUCAUUCAUAUAUGGAUGAAUGGAUGGGUGUGUGUGCUGAAGGAUAACGAUAAACACUGCAAGUCAAUGUAAUAUCCUAUUUUAAAUAUAUAGAAGUUUAGGCCACAUUGAUCCACAGGAAACAUUAUUUUCAUGGGGACUUGGAGGUAUGUUUGCCCUGUUUUUAGGCCUAGGAGAAGCCUUUUUAAAGGCACCUUUAAAAACCUUGGUCUAUUGUUUUGCCAUGUGCCACCCUUUGCUCGCAGGUUUUGCUUUUAGGCCGCCCCAUAUUUAUAACAUGGUGCUAUCAGAGAAUGUAUUUACGCUGGGCAACUUGGAGAGGUUUUAUUUCCCCUUUCCUUCCCUGCUCAUCCCAGAUACACGCACAGACCCAAACCAACAUCUGUGUUAUUUUGAGCAGAACUGUGGUGUAACCGUUCCCAUCUUUGUACGAUAAUACUGACCAGACCCAUGCCUGUUCGGUGUAUUAAUAGUGUUCUAAUUGAAAACAUUUGCAAAAACUAAAUGUGUGGAUAAAGUCGGAGAAAUGUCAAGAGCAAAUGAAAUAUUUUGGAAAAUGUGUUUCGUUUUAGUCUGCGGAUAAUGUGUUUUCUGAGAGUCCUGUGCAUUUCCGUACAAAUUUGAGGCUUUCUUUUUCUACUUUCCAGUUCGAGUUUGAGGCUUUCUCAAUCUACUUGUUAGCUUUGUUCGUUGUUCUCACCUUCCUGGUGUGUUUUGUUUUGUUCUCGUCCUCCCGUUCCCUUUCUUGAAACAAGAGCUUUCUCCUGAAAAUAGUAAGUGUCCAUCUCUUUCCCCAGCUUCUUUUCCAUAUCCUUCAAGGUGGAAUGAUCACUUACAAUAAUCAUUAAGAAAUGACGGAGGAUUGAGGCAUAAGAGUUGAGGACAAGCAUAUUCAUUUGGCACCACUUUUCCAUUCGGCAGCUGUUGGAAAGCUUGACAUCCAAGUGCCAUUUUUAAAUAAUCUUUAAUAAUAAUUGCUUUUUUCUUCCUGUAUCAAGAGCCAUAUCAGGGUGAGAUGAGAGGAAAAGUCUGAGAAAAUGACUGCUUCCUUUUCUUCCAACUUUCCCUAAAAGUUGAGCAGCAGAGGCAUCCGUUUCGUAAGAAUAGGUUCCCAACGACUUACAGAAUUAUAUUCUCAGAUCUUGUUUUGCAAUCGCUACCUCUUCAGACUCUUCUUUUCCUCGUGAUUCCCUAAAUCCAUCUCGACAGAACUAGGAAGGAUUGGGGUAUUCCUAUUAUCUGAGGAGCUAUUUCCUAAUGAAUGAUGCGCCAAAACGGGGAGAAAUGUCUGUCCCAAAGGCAUCUAAGUCUAUGUGUAGAUGUGUCUUCUUGCACCUGUUCUCCUGGGCCUCUUGCUCUUUAAUAUUGCUGAUUCGAAGCCAAUAAACCCAGGUUUUAAUUUCUUCUUAAGCCUCUGCGAUCCUUCAUUCUGGCCUGGUGCGAGAUGUGAAUGGCGUACAUUUUAGCAUUAAAGCAACCGCUCGCUUGGAGAUCCUUUUAAAAACACAACAACCAAGGCUUGACGUCUAAUGUGCUAUUAAGACACACAAAAGCAUCUUGAAUGUAUCCUCUUUUUCUUCCCUACCUGUCCUAUUUAUUACGACCCCCCAUAUCAUUAUGUUUCCGCAUCCAUUUAUAGUAUCCAUCUAACAUUAUCUUUGAAUGAAAACUUUGCCAACACAGAACGCCGUUGUCUUUCUUCUUGCCAUCCUCCGAUCGAUUUCCUCUUUUCUUCUUCCUUCGCUGGGAUCUUAUUUCUAAAUUUCUGUUGACAGUCCGAAAAAGCAGGGUGUUCCCCUUUUGCCAACGUGUUUUAUGUGUCAUUGUGUGAAUCGGGAGUGAGGACGAGAAGCCUUUCCGCAACGAAACGCCCCCAAUUUGUGCGCCGCAUUCGCUGUGAAACGAAUGGCAUCUUUUGGUUUUGGCAAAGGACGGCUGUGUGGAGUGAGUGCCCAGGAAAAGGGGGAAUCUGGCGUAUCGGGUGGUUUUUUGGGUGGGGAUAAGAACACAAAGAGAAUAAGAAUAAGUCUUGUUUGAACCCAUGGCUGCCAUACCAAAAAGCCAUCGAGAAGGAUGAGGGCUAUUCUGUGAUGCCAAGAAGGAGAAAAGAUGUUUUGCGAUCUUAAAAGUGAGUUCCUUCCCUCCGUUUCUUGCUUGCCAAGAAGGAGAAAAGAUGAAGGUGGAAAGGAGAGAAAAGCUUUCCAGGAAAGUUUGGUGCUUUUGCUUUUUUUGGGAGGGAGCCAUCUUGCCAAAAAAGGAGGAGAAAAGAUGGCCUUGAUAAUCCUUUCAAAGUGAGUUUUCUUCUCUCCGCUUCUUACUUUUUUGUUGAGCGAUGUUAUCAAGAAAGAUGGGAGAAAAGAUGAAAGUUUGAGUAUCCAAAAUAAUCCUUUCCAGGCAAGUUGUUUCGGAAAGAAGGUGGGAGGAGGGAGCAAAACUCUGGUGUCCAAAAUAAUCCUUUCUGGGCAAGUUCCUUCUCUCGGUUCCUUGCUUUUUUCUUGUCAAAAGAGUAGAAGGAAAGGGAAAAGAUGGGAAUUUUAGUACCUGAAAAUCCCUUUCCCGUUUGUUCGUUCUCUCUCUCCGCUUCUCGCUGCCAAAAGAUUGGAAGGAAACGCUGGCAUUUCCGGCAUCCGAAGAACCCUUUCCAGGCGAACUCAUCCCUUCCGAUUCGUGUUUUGUUGGUUCUUAUUGAACUAUCUCUAAAGGUGCGUCUGAUGAGCUCCUUAUCCCAAAAUUGCUUGAGCUUUUUUAAGGUUCGUUUUGGAGAGCGCGUCCUCCUGUUUCCAUAGAAAACCAGAAAAACAGUUUUUCCUCCAAAUGCGGCAUCUCUUGUACGAUACAGAUUGUCAGUAUUGCUGGUUCUUUCUUUCCGGCGCAAGACCUUACAUCAUAGCUCUCGUAUAUAUAUAAAUAUAUAUAUAUAUAUAUAAACCUGUAUGAAUUGUAUAGAUUGUGCAUUUAAUAAAAGAAGCUGUUGUCGGGAGGAAGGGGAGGAGGGGUUGGUUCAGGAGAUUUACAAAGAUGAUGACAAACCAGAGAAAAGAGAUCAUAUGUAAUAUUUUGUUUGUAAGUAUCCUUUGUAUCAUAGCAAAGGAAAAUGUUUAAAAUAAAUGAGCUGUAAUAAAGUAAGUUUAGUAAGA